AUGGUGACGACUGAUCGGAGUAGGCAGUUCAAAUCCGCUCUGUUCACCGCGCUCACUCGGCUCCUUGGCACGAAACACAUCAGAACGACUGCGUACCAUCCGAGUGCUAAUGGUCUUGUCGAGCGAUAUCAUUACCAGCUGACGGCAUACCUCUUUGAGCGCGACCACGCUUACUGGACUGGAACGCUGCACAUGGUUCUACUUUCUAUACGCACAACAAUUAAAAGCAGACAUCGACCAUUCGCCCGACCAACUAGUCUACGGCACGAAACACAUCAGAACGACCGCGUACCAUCCUCGAGCAAACGGUCUUGUCGAGCGUUUUCAUCGCCAGCUCAAGGCAUCGCUCAUGAAACGAGACCACGCCUACUGGACUGA